AUGCUCUUGUUUCGGCGCUGCUGGGGUCCGCGGGCGGCGGGAAGGCGUUCUUGCUGUUCGUGUCAGUCACCGGCCCGGCUCGGCGGAACCUCCGGCGGGACGGACAGCCGAGGCUCCCGAGUCCGCGAGAAGCCGCCCUGGAGGGUGCUGUUCCUUGGCACCGACCACUUUGCGAGGGAGACGCUGCGGGCUCUGCACGCCGCCAGAGACAACAAAGAGGAAAAGUUAAUUGAAAGCCUGGAGGUUGUCACAGUGCCUUCACCGUCCCCCAAAGGACUACCUGUGAAGCAGUAUGCUGUACAGUCCCAGCUCCCGGUGUACGAGUGGCCUCACAUGGGAUCCGGAGAAUAUGAUGUUGGCGUAGUGGCUUCCUUUGGCCGACUUUUGAGUGAGGCUUUUAUUCUUAAAUUUCCCUAUGGCAUAUUGAAUGUACACCCCAGUUGCCUCCCAAGGUGGCGUGGUCCCGCUCCAAUAGUCCAUACAGUGCUUCAUGGAGACACAAUUACAGGCGUAACAAUUAUGCAAAUCAGACCCAAAAGGUUUGAUAUAGGCCCAAUUCUCAAGCAGGAAACCAUCCCUGUGCCUCCCAAGAGCACAUCAAAGGAAUUGGAAGCAGUGUUGUCAAGACUCGGUGCCAACAUGCUUAUUUCAGUUUUGAAAAGUUUGCCUGAAAGUCUGGACAACGGAAGGCCACAGCCAGCUGAGGGAGUGACCUAUGCCCCUAAGGUUUCUGCUGGUACCAGCUGUGUCAAGUGGGAGGAGCAAACCUCAGAGCAAGUGCUCAGACUUCACCUCGCCAUUGGGGAUAUAGUCCCAUUGCAGACACUCUGGUUGGAGAACACCAUUAAACUUCUUGAUCUAGUAGAAGUUAACAACUCCAUCAUUGCAGAUUACAAAUUAAAAGGACAAACUGUGACUCCGGGGUCAGUGGUGUACCAUAGACCAUCUCAGAUGCUGUUGGUUCAUUGCAAGGAUGGCUGGAUCGGUGUUCGUUCAGUAAUGCUUAAGAAAACACUAACAGCUACUGAUUUCUACAAUGGAUAUUUGCAUGCAUGGUACCAGAAGAAUCCCCACGCUCACCUAAGCCAAUGCAGAUUUCAGACUCUCAGACUUCCAAUGAAGAUGCCUCAGAAAACCAAGUUGUUGCUAUGCAACAGUGCAUUAAGUAGGUAGGAAGAAGACGGACAAGGACCUAUUACACAUUUGUAAUUUAUUAAAAGCUUUAUUACAAGCAACUGACUUUGAAAGUUGACACUAUUGGAGAAAGGGAAAAUGGUUAUCAAGAUGGUGGAAGUCUCGAGCUCUCCAUUUUUUGUGUGUAACAGUUAAGAGCAGCCUUUUCUAGGUGAAUAACAAAAGAAGUUUAAUAAAAUUUGCAUUUAUAAUGUUCAUCUUAAA